AUGACAACUGAUAACCCCACCCUCGACACCCCCACCCCCACCAGUCUCAAGCCCGCCGACGCACCCAUCGAACAAGAACCCAUCGUCAUGCUCGGAUCCCCCAUGGCAAUCGUCGACGGCGUCUCGUUCUCCUCCGGGGACAACUGGACAAACUUGGCAAACACCCUCUCCGCCCAACCCGAACGCCUCUUCUAUCCCAAUACCCUUGAAGACCUCCAAGUCAUUAUCCGUGAGGCGACCGAGAACAAGAAGAAGGUCCGCUGUGUCGGUAAUGGACAUUCUUGGUCGGGCACCGCUAUUACCCAGGAUUAUAUGGUGUCGAUUAAUGGGAUGAACAAGAUUGAGAAGCCAAUACAGGGGGAGAAUGGAGAGUGGACGGUGACAAUUGAGAUGGGGGUUGAGGUGAAGGAGUUGGAUGAGUUUUUGAGGAAGCACGAUCCGCCUUUGGCUUUGGCUUCUAACGUUAUGCCAACCGAUAUUCGUUAUGGAGGCAUCCUCACCAUGGGUUGUCACGGCGCAGGAUUGGACGGCAGAACAGUGAGCGACACACUAACCGAAAUCACAAUUGUCAACGCCUACGGAGAGCUCCACAUCUACUCUGAAGCCGACGACCCCGAAGCCUUCAACAUCGCCUCCAUCAACCUGGGUCUCCUCGGAAUCGUCUACACCGCCACCCUUAAACUCGUCCCCAUGUCCAACUACCGUCUUCGUGCCAUUGAUUCCUAUGGGUCCCUGGCGGAUUAUUUUGAGGGCCCCAGGGCCGGGUUGAAGUGGAAGGAGAUGGUGGAGAGGAAUGAUUCGACAGAGAUCUUGUAUUGGCCCCAUAGUACGUUUCUGGGGACGGAGAGGAAUGACCGAUUUUGGUUGAAGCAGUGGAGGAGGACGUUGGCUCUUGCUGAGGAUUUGGAAAAGCUUAAGGAUCAGGCACCUAGUGUCGAUCACCCAGCGUUCGCAGCUUUUAAGGCUGGAGAUAUCGUGAAGGAGAUCCCGGACGGGAUCCAUUUCGGUAUAACCCAGGAAGGCGAAGGAAUCGGAGAGGCCAAGAUAUACGAUGCCAGUGCCGGGUUCAAACUCGCUCCUGAUUUCUCAAAUUUCGUGGAAUGCUUUAAUGACUUGGUGGAGAAGAACUAUGCGUUCUCGACGAGCGAGUUCCCAAGCAGGAUUGGGACCUGUUUGGAGGUGAGGUUUAUUAAGGCUUCGAGGAAGAUGAUGUCGUUUGUGUAUGAUGGAGAAGAUGAGAAGGCGAUCUAUUGUAUGAUUAAUGUGCUGGGAGCCAGGGAGACUCCCGGGUUUGUGGAGUAUUCACAGGGUGUUCUUGGUGGGUGGAUGGACAAAUACAACGCCAAACCCCACUGGGCGAAGCUGUGGGAGCAGAUCCCGGGUGUGAUCCCUGCCCUCCGUCGAGAGUACGAGGACCGAUUGGCGGUUCUGAACCGUGUCCGCAAGACCCAAGAUCCCUUUGACAUGUUUGUCAACGAUACCUGGAGACCCCUCCUCGAGUAG